AUGAAAUACAAAGCUCCCGAGGUGGAAGAAGAGUACGAGGAAGACGACGUAACAAACACGUCAAAGCGCAAGAGAGUCCACGAGGAAACGCCCGUGGUUCAGGAAGAGAGUGCAGACGAGGCUGAAUUGCAGCCACCGAGUAAGGCUGCCAGGGCUGGUGGAGAUCUUGAUGAAGAGGAAGAUGACGACGACGGAGAGUCUGGUGAAGGCGAUCCUGACCAGGAGGAGCUUGAUGAGGAAGAUUUUGAUGAGGAGUUGAGCGAUCUAGAUGAGGAGGAGAGUGAAGAAAGAGAGGCUGAACAAGAAAAGGGUACGAACCAGGAGAAGUCGCGACAGUCUACGAGUGGUGAAAAGCUGAAGAAGACCAUUGAGAAAUAUGGUCAUGGUCCGCUUGAGGGAACAGCGAUUGAAGAGAAAGCGCUUACGGGAUCGCCUGAUACCAUUCUAGCUAUGCUCAUUGACGCAAUGCUGAAGUCGAAGCCGUUGUCCCAUGAACUCACGGACCGUACACUGCGUAAACUUGUUGAUGUUGGAUACCACGAUAUCCAGAAGCUGGGGGAUGCUAGCUGGGAGGAGAGAGCUAUGGUCCUGAAGGAUGGGGGAUACAAUCGAUACAGAGAACAGGGUUCAACAAACCUGGGGAAACUGGUCGAGCUCGUUAACGAUAAAUAUGAUGGGGAUCUGAACAAUGUCAUAAAGUCCGCAGAGUACGAUCCUCAGAGAACGAAGCAGCUCGUAAAGGAAGUCCACGGUCUGGGAGACCUAGGCGUGGAGCUUUUCUUCAACAACGUGCAAAGCGUUUGGCCGUCUAUCGCUCCAUUUAUUGAUUCCCGGAGUCUACAAACUGCGGAGGACGCUGGACUGGGGACCGACCUGGAUUCCAUUUAUGCAGACUUGGAGGGAGACUCAAUCAGGAUGUGCAAGUUGGCAAAUGCCUUUCGCUUUGCUAACAUCGCCGUCGGCGCCAUCAUGGUUCUUGGUGGUAUCGCCCAGUUCUUCCCGAUAAGCAUGGGCAAUAUCAUCACCGGUGUCUAUGUGAUUCUGUUUGGUCUCAUCGUUGCUGGGUUGGAGUUCUUGCCCAACGUCCCCGACUAUAUCUACCGCUAUGCGUCCUUCCUGUUCUCCUUCGUCGGCCGUGGUGUUUUCUAUAUCUUUGUCGGGUGUCUCAUUCUUCACGGCCACGUCCUGCAAUACAUUGCUGCUUCGAUUGUCGGCAUCCUUGGUAUCGGUUACGUCGUCUUGGAAUUCGUCCCGUCUAUCGAACCCCCGUCCAAUAUGCGUGAGGCCGACCAGGGCUGGGGCGCUGAGCAGGUUGUCUAA